AUGGUUCAUACCAAAUGGCCGGUGCUUGGAGUGGGAUUACUUCACCAAGCUUCGAAUUUAGCCGUCGUUUUAAUUCCAGUUUUGGUCCACAUUAUGUUGAUAGGUUGCUGGAAACAUGUCUGGCAUGGAAGGAUUAGCCUGUUGAAUGGAGCAUGGCCAUGGUCACGUCUGAUAGCAGAUACUUGCUUUAUGAUAUUCCCUAUUAUCAGUGUCACUUUAUCUGCAGUAUUAAGAGCAUCAUCUGACCAUGGCCAAUCAGUUUUGAAGACAGGAAUAUUAAG